AGGAUUUUUUGUGUUUAAAAACAUCUUAAUGGCACUAAUAUAUAUGAUUGGAACACUCAUAAAAACUAAUAAGAUUUUAUGGUUAAAUUAAAAAGUAUGCCAGCUACAUUUUAUAAUUAUUUGUUCUUACUUAUUGCUAAAAUAGUACCUAAUACUCUUGCGAGCAGACGAUACACCAUAGCUUAUUGACAAAUAAAACAGAGUUGGUUCAGACUUACGUGUCUGGCACUAGGAUUCCACGUGAGAGUCUGAUUUUGCAGUUAAACCUACAGUGAAACUACCAGGGCGAACUGGAAAAUGACUCCGAAAAUGAAGACAAUCGGUGUUAAACGGACGUCAUCGAAUGAUAACACGGCAUUGCAUGAAGAUGAGGCUGAACGCAAAAGAUUUAGUGAAGUCGUCGAAAAGCGUAUAAAGCUGGAUAACGCUAUGUCAAAGCAGGCCGCUCGAAUUGCAAAAGAAAAAGAGAUAUCCAAGAGCCGUGGUGUAAUCUACGUAGGGCACAUUCCACAUGGUUUCUAUGAAGAUGAGUUGAGAAAAUAUUUUUCACAAUUCGGAGAAGUGACCCGCGUUCGGGUGUCCCGUAGUAGAAAAACUGGUGGCUCACGUGGUUAUGCCUUUGUAGAGUUCCUUCAUGAUUGCGUCGCUAAAAUUGCUGCCGAAACAAUGAAUGGUUACCUGAUGUUUGAACGUUUGCUGAAAUGUAGUGUAGUUCCUAAAGAUAAGGUGCACCCUGAUAUGUUUUCUCUACGAUUUCCGUUUCCCUUAAAUCGUGAGAUCACCCGAACAUUUAUCAAUAUGGAAAGAACCGAGACACGAGUAGACCGGAACAAAGAACUUCGUUUAGCUCGGCUCCAACAACAGAUAGAAUCGCUGAAAGAUCUGGGGAUUACGUAUGACAUAACACCUUUCGGCACGAAUGUUAGUCACGCUAUCAAGUCUGUUCCAGAAUAUAUAAAGCGCAUGAGUGCAACACCUAAACGAGUUAAGCCGUCUCAAUAAACGUCCCUAUAAUCUGUUUAUCGAGAUUUUUGUUUCAAAUUAAAAUUAAUAAAUGUUAAAUAAGGUUAAAGCGGUCUCAAUAAACGUUCCUAUGAUCUGUUU